CAGAGGGAACGAUCCUGGAGAUACAGAAAUGGAGGAGCUUAUUAACUUAUUUGUGAAGUUGAAGAGAAAACUGAGGCUGCUGAACAGUGAUGAUGCAGAGGAGGCCUACAACUGUCUUAAUGCAUUUCUACAUGAAGACGCCUUACUGCAGAAAGCUUUAGAUCUGAGCAAGAAACAAGCAACAGAUAUUGAGGUGAAUCAGCUGUGUGCUCUGCUGAAGGAGCCACACUACAGACUGGAGAAACUUACGCUGUAUAGAUCAGGCACUAUUACAGAGAGAGACUGUGCUGAUCUGGUUUCUGCUCUAAUUGUAAACCCCUCACACCUGAGAGAGCUGGAUCUCAACAAGAAUACAUUAGAUAAAUCAGGAGUGCACGAGCUCUGCAAUCUACUGAUGAAUCCUCUCUGUAAACUGGAGAAACUGAAACUUGUUAAGACUAUUACAGAGGAAUUUUCUUUUAGUCUCAGCUCAGCUCUUUGUCAAAAUCCAUCAUAUAUCAGAGAGCUGGAUCUGAGUGAGAAUAAAUUGGGAGAUGCAGGAAUAAAGGAGCUCUGUGUUCUACUGGAGAAUCAGGACUGUAAAAUACAGAAACUACUGCUUAAAAAAUGCAGUAUAGAAAAGGAGGGCUGUGCUGCUCUGACUUCAGCUUUUACCUUAAACCCUUCACACCUGAGAGAGCUGGAUCUGCGUGAGAAUCGUAAACUGGGAGAUUCAGCGAAAAAGCUUGCUGAGAUGCUGCAGAAAUCAGAAUGCAAACUGCUUGUGGACACAUCUAAAAUGGAACGCGUCACUUCAUUCCUGAAUCCUAAUAAAUGGACAUGGGUAAAGUCAGAAAAAGAAUCAGGAAAAGCAGAAAGCGCAGAGGAUCAGGAUGAAAUGGAUCAAGGUGACCAGAGAUCAGACCAGAAUGCAGAGGAUCAGGAUGAAAUGGAUCAAGGUGACCAGAGAUCGGAUCGGAGUGCAGAGGGUCUGGAUGGCAAAUCACAAGAGAAAGAAAACAAAAAGAAAAAGAAAAAGAAAAAGAAAAAACGGAAAUGAGUUUUUAUUGCAGUCUCACAGUUUACUAAUCAGUUUAUAAAGGGACUGGUGUUCUUAAUGCUGCUUUUUAGAUUUUUAGCAGUUUGGCUGAGGUGAACAUCACAUCUCUUUGCAAAUCACAUCAACUUUAUUGCAAAUAUUCAUAGUUUUCAGGAUGAGUUUGGAAUAUGAAAUUAGAGGCCCCUGUAUAAAAGGUCAUAACUUUAGACAUGGUCAGUGUGAACAAGGCUAUGUCUUAAAGAGCUCCUUAGUUCAGUAGUUUGGGUUCUGCACAGGGAAUCAGACAUUUACUAGGGUGUACCAUUGUCAAAAUCAUUCCAGUGCGCUUCAAACAUUC